UCCAUUAACAGAGGUGGUCCAACUAGCAGAGGUAGUCCAACUAAUAGAGGUGGUCCAACUAGCAGAGGUAGUCCAACUAAUAGAGGUGGUCCAACUAGCAGAAGUAGUCCAACUAACAGAAGUAGUCCAACAAACAGAGGUAGUCCAACUAAUAGAGCUGGUACAACUAGCAGAGGUAGUCCAAUUAACAGAGGUGGUCCAACUAGCAGAGGUAGUCCAACUAAUAGAGGUAUUCCAACUAACAGAGGUAGUACAACUGGUAGAAGAAGUCCAACUGAUAGAGGAAGUCCAACUAAUAGAAGAAGUCCAACUAAUAGAAGACUAAUAGAAGAAGUCCAACUAAUAGAAGAAGUCCAACUAAUAGAGGAAAUCCAACUAAUAGAGGAAGUCGAACUCAUAGAGGAAGUCCAACUAAUAGAUGUAGUCCAACAAACAAAGGUAGUCCAACUAACAAAGAUAGGUAGGCCAACUAAUAUAGGUAGUCCAACUAACAGAGGUAGUUCAAUUAAUGAAGGAAGUCGAACUCAAAGAGGAAGUCCAACUUAUAGAGGAAGUCCAACUAAUAGAAGAAGUCCAACUGAUAGAGGAAGUCCAACUAAUAGAAGAAGUCCAACUAAUAGAGGACGUCCAACUAAUAGAGGAAGUCCAACUAAUAGAGGAAGUCCAACUGAUAGAGAAAGUCCAACUAAUAGAAGAAGUCCAACUAAUAGAAGAAGUCCAACUAAUAGAGGAAGUCGAACUAAUAGAGGAAGUCGAACUCAAAGAGAAAGUUCAACUGAUAAAGGAAGUCCAACUGAUAGUGGAAGUUCAACUGAUAGUGGAAGUCCAACUGAUAGAAGAAGUCCAACGGAUAGAGGAAGUCCAAUUGAUAGAGGCAGUCAAACUCAAAGAGGAAGUCCAACUAAUAGAAGAAGUCCAACUAAUAGAGGAAGAAGUCCAACUGACAGAGAAAGUCCAACUAAUAGAAGAAGUCCAACUGAUAGAGGAAGUCCAACUAAUAGAAGAAGUCCAACUAAUAGAGGAAGUCGAACUCAAAGAGAAAGUUCAACUGAUAAAGGAAGUCCAACUGAUAGUGGAAGUCCAACUGAUAGAAGAAGUCCAACUGAUAGAGGAAGUCCAAUUGAUAGAGGCAGUCGAACUCAAAGAGGAAGUCCAACUAAUAGAAGAAGUCCAACUAAUAGAAGAAGUCCAACUAAUAGAGGAAGUCCAAUUGAUAGAGGAAGUCCAACUGAUAGAGGAAGUCCAAUUGAUAGAGGAAGUCGAACUAAUAGAAGAAGUCGAACUAAUAGAAGAAGUCGAACUAAUAGAAGAAGUCCAACUGAUAGAGGUAGUCCAACUAAUAGAGGUAGUCCAACUAAUAGAUGUAAUCCAACUAAUAGAAGUAGUCAAACUAAUAGAUGCAGUCCAACUAAUAGAGGUAGUCCAGCGAUCAGAAGUAGUCCAGCUAAUAUAGGUAGUCUAACUAAUAAAUGUAGUCCUACUAGUAGAGGUAGUCCAACUAAUAUAUGUAGUUCAACUAAUAGAGGUAGUCCAACUAAUAGAGGUAGUCCAACUAAUAUAGAUAGUCCAACAAAUAGAGGUAGUCCAACUAAUAUAGAUAGUCCAACUAAUAGAGGUAGUCCAACUAAUAGAGGUAGUCCAACUAAUAUAGAUAGUCCAACAAAUAGAGGUAGUCCAACUAAUAUAGAUAGUCCAACUAAUAGAGGUAGUCCAACUAAUAGAGGUAGUCCAACUAAUAUAGAUAGUCCAACAAAUAGAGGUAGUCCAACUAAUAUAGAUAGUCCAACUAAUAGAGGUAGACCAACUAAUAGAGGUAGUCCAACUAAUAUAGGUAGUCCAACUAUUAAUCCUACAUGA